AGAGAAAUAUGUUCUGUGGUAUUUAGGAUCAUCGUGGCAUGGCCGUGACCAAAUAUAACAUGGAGGAGUAGAUCAAUAUUAAGAUCUGUUUUACUUCGUUUGUCAACAUUUUUUCUGUAUUUAUACUACAUUUUCGUAAUCUGGAUUUCGUAAAGGAUUGCUAAGAAAUGAGAUGGCACAGACACAUACUUUGCCUUAUUCUGGUGUGUAUCGGUGCCCAAGGAUUAGGUGAUCCUUAUAAAAUACUAGGGGUUCAAAAGUCGGCUACUGUACUGGAGAUUCGAAAAGCUUAUAAACAGUUGGCAAAGGAAUGGCAUCCUGAUAAAAACAAUGAUCCAGCAGCUGAAAAUAGGUUUGUGGAAAUUAAGCAAGCUUAUGAGUUGUUGACAGAUCCUGAGCGUCGAAAACAUUUUGAUAAUUUUGGUAUCGCAGUGGAAGAAGUUUCACAGUUACACAAGAAACGAGAUUAUAAUCAGUAUCAAAGGUUUGAUCCAUUGGAGGAAUUAUUUGGGACGCAGGCGGGUGGAUACAAAUUUCGUUUCCAUGACCGUGACAUCAGCUUUUUCCAUAAAUUAAGAGUUACAACGAGAGCAUAUGAGAACAAGCUUGUCCCAAAGAGCUAUGAAGUUCCAUAUCUGAUUUUGUUUUAUUCGGAUUGGUGCUUCGCGUGUUUGCAAGUUGAACCAAUCUGGCGCCACAUCAUAGAGGAGUUGGAACCAGUUGGAGUUGGUAUAGCAACAGUUCAUGCAGAAAAAGAACCAUUACUGGCUCGAAAAAUUGGUGUGCAUUCUCUCCCAUGUUUGAUUUUACUCAUUGAUGGAAAAGCAAAUGUUUACAAAGAGACAUUGUACAGUGUACAGAAAGUUGUAGAUUUUGUGAGGUCUAGAUUUCCAUACAAGUUGGUCCAGCCAGUUUCAGAUGACAAUGUGAAUGCAUUUUUGAAUGGCUGGAUAGAUAACCGUGUUCGAGCGCUCAUAUUUGAACGUCACAAGACCAUCAGGUUGCGAUACCUGCUCAUGGCUUUCUACUACAAGGACAGGGUAGCCUUUGGUUUUGUUCACCUGAAUUCUCCAAAUAUAGAGAAUAUUCGGAAGAAAUUUAAAGUUCCUCUGGAUAUUGAAACCCUUCUCCUUUUUAAUGAGAAUGUUAAUCGAUCUGUAGCAAGCUUGAGUAUGGCUGAUAUUCCGGUCAAAACGAUGCAGGACGUCAUUGAUAGUAACAAGUACCUUGUCUUACCAAGGCUGUCUUCUCAGGGUAUGUUUGAUGCAUUGUGCCCACCAGAAUGGGCUCCCCCUCGUAAACGUCUGUGUGUGGUGCUGGUUUCAGAGAACACGCCAUAUCACGAUGAGCCACGCCAGGCUCUACGUGAGUUUGCGCAGGAAGCACCCUACAGUGCUGAGAGAGUUCGCUUCACAUAUGUUUUCCAAGAGAGACAAAUGGAAUUCGUCAGUGCACUGGCUAAUGGCGAGGGAAGUCCAGCAGAACCUCUUUUGCACGUUGUGAUAAUCUGGAGACGAGACAGUAAUCACAUCAAAUAUGAGUGGCUGCCACAUACUUGGAAUGGUGCAAAGAGCCAUGAGUGGAAUGAGACCAGGGACCGUCUGGAGUCCACAAUUCAGCGGUUACUACAUGCAUCAGGGGCCCUAUCAUGUGAAGCUGUUAUAAAGGAUCUCAUUGAUGAACAUGCUCAGGGAAUCGUGUCAAAAAUUCUUACAAAACUUCUCCAGACUGCCGACUUCUUCAAAGACAGCAUUACGAAGGACCAGCUGUUACCUGUUUUGUCUGUUGUAGCUACAGUUUUAUUCAUUAUUGCUGCUGGCUACAUUUUAUCCUAUAUUGUACGAAUGGAGGAAGAAAACAUAAAGAAGCAGCAGUAUGCUAACGGACAGAAUGUUAAAGAUGAAAGUAUGACAUCCAAUGACAUUGGACAAAGUGAUGGAUUUGUAUGUAAUAACAACAGAAAGACAAAGGCAGCAGCACCGCAAAUACGUCUUUUACACGAACUGCGUGCGGAGACAUUCAAUGGCAUGGUCCGAAUGUUGAAACCGGGCUGUCGAUCGAUUAUUGUACUGGUGGAUGCUCAGUCAAAGAGUAAACUGUUACCAGAAUUCCACAGAAUUGUGUGGCCUUACCGAAAGAAUAAGACGCUUAUGUUUGGCCACAUGGCUCUGGAACGUGGAUUGGAUUGGUACAAGUGCCUACUAACACUAAGUUUGCCUGAACCAAGAGAUCUGAAUAUCAAUCCUCGUAAUUGCAUUGGCACUGUUCUGUCAUUGAAUGGACAUCGCAGAUAUUUCUGUAUGUAUCAUGCUAAGCAUCCAGAAUGUAUCAAGGGUAAAGCAUCCAAGCGGAUGGUGAAGAUGACAAAGCGUUUUAGUAAUACAGUUGACGGAACAAAUGGCGCUUUCAUGGGUUUUGACACAAGUGAAUCAGAUGAUAGUAACACGUCGGAUGUCGAACAAGGAAGUCAUCUUUUGGAUAAUGCGUCUGCCACUGACAAGUACAGCAAUGUUCUUUUCCAAGGAAACUUGCUUGAUGGGCUUCCCAACUGGUUGGAUCGCUUGUUUGAAGGCACAACGCACCAUUACUACAUCAGUUAUUGGCCAGAUUUUACCCCAAAAUAAUGUAACAGUAUCAUAACCAAAUUAAUGCCCCACUUUGUUUAAUUUAUUUGUGGUGUUUCAUUAUUGAAUGUACAGACUUCCUGUGUGAAUAAGGAUAAGUAAAUUUUUGAAAAGUGUAACAGUGUUAUUGUGUGCUAACCACAGCCAAAAUGUAUUUUAUAUAUACUGUUACAAAAUCAUGGAGUCUUCUGGUAAACACACUUAUCAGAGAACAGUUACAGUUUCUGAGCUGCAGGGUAAUAUUAACAGCCUCAGAGUAUCAGAAAUAUGUUACGUUAAAAUUUAAAUCCUCACCGUGACAGAAUUUUAGUAAUGUUUGAAUAUAUUCAUCAUGGUCUUCUGAGUUGUGACGCUGCACAGCGUCAUAGGUUGUUACCAGCAUUUUGGAGAAUUUAUCUUUUCCAUCUUUGGGGUAGAAUUUAUACCUGGAUGUACAAGAUGACAUACCAUCACAACUCGAAGACUGCAUUUGAUAUCGUUGCUGUGAGACUCUCAAAUUUAAGAAAGUUUGAAUAUAAAUUAAUUACUUCAUCAGAUGUAUUGGUGUGGUAAAUUGAUCUCUGCUGCAUGCGGGUAGUAAUAACAGUAGUAAUAAUAUUAGUAAUAUUACCUUGCAUCAACUCACGAGAAGCUCAACUUUAUGCUGUGUCAUCGGUCGAGUACAGUUCAAGAUGGACUGUCACUUGGCCCUCAGUUGUUAUACCAGUUUGUUUUCUCCUCUGCUAUAGUUUAGUAUUUCGAUUCUGAGAACUGUAACACUUUGGAAAGAAAUUCCUGGCACUUGAAAUUUCUACUUUUGGUAGAAGAAAGUGUCAUAAUUUACAGUCUUUGUAUGUAUAGUGAUUAAUAUACCAAAUAAUUUAUUAACACAAGUUACAAGAAAGAAAAUUUUAUUGCAAAGACUUUAAUGCAGUUUCUCGUAAAUAACAUACCAUGCGUGUGUGUUCGUUCCCCAUAUUUAAUUAUUUUGUUCAUUCGUACCUCUGUUUUUAACCGGUUGAGAAUGUGAAUAUGUAUGCAUAUGCAAAUUGUGGUUUUUGGAAUGCUUUUUCCAUACCAUUACCCAUAUUUUAAUGAUUAUGGAAAAAUUUGUUUUUGUGUUUUUAAAUAUAUAUUUAGCUUUAUUCUAGUCACUGUUAGUAGAAAGAAAUAUGUACAGAAAUGUACAUUUUUAAUUGUAGACAUUUUUAUUCUUUUUUAUUAUGCAGUUCUGAUUAUCAGAAAACAUUUUAAAGACAAUCCAUUUAUUGAGUGUGCAGUGAAGUAUCACUUGUAAAGUGCUAAAAACAGAAGGUAUAUCUGAGAUUUAUUAAGUGAUCAUUUUGUAUAUAUUGUAAUAUUUGUAGUUGUAUUUAGGUGUUAGUUAUAAAACUGAGACCAUGUAUGGUGGUCAUGUGACAUGAAGAUGACUGUUGUCUGGUGUGUUGUUGCACUGUGUAGUCUGGUAGAAAUUCACUGGCACAGGCUACGCUACAUGAUUAACGUAGACCAUGGCUUGACCUGUCUUCGCACACCUGCUGGAAUGAGAUAUCUACUGGUUUUGAUGGCUUUACUGUGGGCAAGUUCAGCAACCUUUGUGCACCAGGCUCCUCUACACAGAUGCAACUACAACUAGUAUCACAGCUGUCAACAUCGACUCAUUGGACCUUCGCAAGACUAUUGGCUUUGCCAUGCUCACCGCGGCUUUGGUGGCCCUACCCUAUGCCUGCCACCAUCAUGAUCAUGGCAAUCAGUACCUCUGAAACACUGGUCAGAUUCUACCAAGCUUUUUAACAUGCAACAUAUUGAAUAUGUUGCCGAUACCUAGACACAUUCCUUAUCCUUUCAGAAAACAAAUGAAGAGUUCUAUCAGUAUACAAAUAUUAUGUUGACAUUGUCCAUUGUCUGAGGUUCAUUUGAUAUUCUGGGAUUUGACUCUUUUGUAUUGUUUAGAUGACUGGUUGUCAUUAUACUGAGAGAUUUUAUUAAUUUUUAAAUGGUUCAAACACAGGAUGUUUUGAAUACUAGAUUAGUUUUCUAACAAUUAGACCACUAAUCUUAAAAACUAAUAAAUAAUCUAUCAGUGUAAUGGAAACCAAUCAUUUGGAAAUGAGGUCAGUUCCUGAGAUGCUGUGUGCAGCGACAUACGUACCUCACACAACGCAUGGUGUCUAUUUUUCAGGUGUACAUUUCAAAGCAUUGUUCAGUGUAUUCAAAUAUGUACACUAACUAGAUGGCUUACUGAACCAGAAGGUUUGUCACUGAAUUAACCAAAGCCCUCCACCGGACCCUGUCCUGGGCCAACAAAUAUAUACACUUCUGUCAAUAAACAAACUUUUUCUUUUCUUUUAAUUUUAAAUUGGUUCUGUAUUAAGGUUAACUCAUUUUGAAAAUAUGCAGCUUGUAAAUUCAACCAUACAUGGUCCAGUAGCUUUAGUUUAGAAGUACUUGUCUGUUGUUAUUUAUGUAACCUUGUGUUAUUCUGCACGGUCAACAUUUCCUCAGCUGUUGAAAUGUCCAUAGUAACGCCUUAUUUCAUGUGGUUCACGUGUAAACUUGUAAACAAGGCUUUUAGGUAAUGAUAGUGCAUUAUAAUAUUCAUGCACUGAAAAUAAUUCAUACUCCUUCUAAUCUGCGUUAUGAAGCAGACUAUUAUGUAGGUUUUAGGAAUAUUUACAUUUUCUGGAAUUUGUAAAGUUUGAAAAUUUUUAAAAGUGCUAUCAUGAACUGCAAAGAGAAAGAUCUAAUAUAUUAUGUAGCGUGUAGCACUCUUCAUACAAACUUUGUGGGUUAAAUUUGCAGUGGAGUUAGAACAAUCUAAACUACCAAGAAAUUUGUGAUCUGUAAGGUGAGUAACUGCCACAUCAGCUGUGAUUUGUAAGUACAGUGAGUGCACUGUAAGUUAGGUUAGGUUAUGCCAAUGUUGUGAUUGGUGGAUUGUGAGGAUAGUAGUAGCAGUAAAAUUUAGUGUCAUGGGGACAGGAAUAGGACUUUGUGUGCCCCUUUGAUCCUAUUCUGAAACAACAGGUUACAGAAUAUGGAAGAUGAUAGAAAAACUGAUAGAAUGAAGGAUAAUAUAAUUUAAAAUUUAAUGGCAUGACAGUUUUGUAAAAUUCUCCAGUAUCAAAGUUGGUUCUUUCAUAUAUAUAUAUAUAUAUAUAUAUAUAUAUAUGGAUGGACAGUGAUUUUAACAAGCACUCCAAAGAGCUGUGGACAUGCCUGAUAAUACUGAAAUACAAGUAAUUAUAUGUAGAUCAUGAGAAUGCUAUGUCUAAACUGAAGUGUAUGGAAGAUAAAUGUCUAAACUGUGAAUAGAAUAAUCUUUUACAAUUUAAAAGAAUUUUUACCACAAUAACAAAAUCACUUUCUUCGUAAAUGUGAGAAAGAAUGUUAAUGCAUCAUCUAUAUCAGUUCUAUGUAAAUAGUGAUAUUUGUUUAUUUGAGCCACUGCAAAUAGAAUCUUGAUAUUUCAGAUGUACAAAACUCCACUGUUUAUAUUAUUAGUUUACAGUAAAGGACAAUUAAAAUAUUACAUUUUACAGUAUUUAAAAAGGUUUGAAUAUAUAUAAACUAGUGAGGUAGAGACUGGUAUGUACGUGAGCACGGGCCAUGUUUAACAUAAAACUAAACUAUAAGACUUGAAGAAAAAGAACAUUUCAGCUCAAAGCUGACUACCAGACUGAAGUGAGUUAAUAGAUGGUGUCAGUAUAUGGAGAUAGAGUUUGAUAUUUCAUUAAACAACUUAGUUUUGUAGAAGAUAUUUCCAAUUUUCCUGAAAAUGAGAUGUCACAAUUUUAGACAUUACACCAUUUCAUUCCAUACACUAGGGACAUCAUAGUGUUUAAUAUAGCACCUAUAUUGUAUUGAUCAGUCUCUUUAAUAUGACCAAGCUGAUGAACUGUGCAGGGGAGACCAUUAAAAUUAAUAAAAUGUCUUUCAUGGGUAAUAUGAACACUUUUUAGCAUUUCUUAGUGAACUGUAUAAACGAAAUAUUACAACAUAAUCUGUUUGUUUAAGUAAAAUAUCUUUAAAUUGUAAUGUUGGACAACAGCACGAAUUAUAUCAUUUUAUGUUUAAGUGUGUUCAAGGUAGAUUGAUAGGUAAACAGUUUUAUAAAGUUGGAUGAUAGUAGAGUACAUUUUUGCUUCAGGACCACUACUUAAUAUAAAAUCCUUUAUAGUCUAUGCCUUCACUUUAUACAUAAUUAAACAUUUAUAUGAAUGUUAUCAUCUUGAUCUUUGCAAAAAAAAAAUCCAGUAUCAUAACAAAUAACGAAACAGAACUGCCAGUGACACAGCAUUAUAAAUACAGGGUGCAUGCGGUUGUGCUGACUACAGCUGCAGACAUUACAACCCAUCAGGCUAGAAGUUGCUUCAUUGAUGGUUGCACAGUUGUACAAGGAAAGUCUUGGGAUAUACUGUAUGCAAAGUUGGACCUAUCAGACAGGCUGUCUAAAAUAGACAUUAAAAAUAAUAACAACCUGGGUUAACUUACGCACAUCACAUUCUUUAAAUUGAGCAGAAGUUUGUCAGUGAUUUUGUACAUGUGUAUGAAUACAAGAAAUAUCUGAAGAUGAUGCAGUUUAUACAUGGUUGUACAGGAAUCUGUUUAGUUGUUAUCUUAGACCAUUGCUAGAAAUUUGUUUUGCAUGUUUACAAGGUGCAAAUGAAAUUUUAAUAAACUAUAUAAUAAAAUUUCCCUUUAUAAAUAACAA